AUCCCACCAACUCGAUCCCCCGAGCUCAAACAUACACACACACAGCGCAACGCCUCCCAGCUCUACUCCACGUGCUGCCGCCGCCUCCGGCGUAGACCUCCCGUUGGCCGCCAUGGACCCACGCUUCCAGCUGCCAACUCCGGUGCCGUCCCCCGGCGGCACUGGUGUGCGAGGGCACCACCGGCGGGCCCAUUCGGAGACGUUUCUGCGCUUCCCCGACAUCGACCUCUUCCUCGACCCCGAUGGAGACUUCUCCUUCUCCGACCUCGACUUCCCAUCCCUCUCCGACGACUCCCCGGCGGUCUCCGACCCGACCCCGCCUCCUCCCCCGCCGAUGGCGGCCAGCUCGUCCCAGACACCGGCUCCCCGUCCACCGGGCGGGACCCACAACAGGAGCCUCUCCCUUGACGCCGCCUUCUUCGAGGGCCUCGCCUUGCAGGGGGGAGGAGGCGGGGGUGGUGGUGGCCAUAAGAGGAGCGGGUCCAUGGAUGGGGUGAACUCGCCGUUCGAAGGCGAGUCGGCGCUGUCGGGCGGGCUGGACUAUGCCAAGAAAGCCAUGCCGGCCGAGAGGAUCGCCGAGCUAGCUCUCCUUGACCCCAAACGCGCAAAGAGGAUUUUGGCAAACCGGCAGUCGGCGGCGAGGUCAAAGGAGAGGAAGAUCAAGUAUACCGGUGAGCUAGAGAGGAAGGUCCAGACACUGCAGACCGAGGCCACUACGCUAUCAGCACAGCUUACACUUCUCCAGAGGGAUACUUCUGGUUUAACUACUGAGAAUAGAGAACUCAAACUUCGGUUGCAGUCCAUGGAGGAGCAAGCUAAACUACGGGAUGCUCUAAACGACGCCCUGCGAGAAGAAGUCCAGCGACUUAAGAUAGCUGCAGGGCAAGCUCCAAACAUGAAUGGGAGUCAAUUCAACGGCGGAUUCCAGCAGAUUCCAUCCUAUUUCUCUCAGCAACAUCAGCGGCAGCAGCAGCAGCAGCAACAGCAACAGAUGGCUUACAUAGGUGGGCACCAAGCUCAGCGUCACCAUCCAAACCAUCAUCAGAGCCCAUCGAAUGGUGGCCAGUCGCUGAGUGGUCUGUCCCUAGACGAUUCCAUGGAUUUCAUUUGAGGAGGAAAACUAGGGCCCUCCUAUUAAAUCAUACACCAACUGCAACUCAGCAUUGUACAGAUAGCUAAUGUACUAUCUAUGCAUAUGAAUCAUUGGUAGGGUAGCUAGCCGUUCUUUGUAUUUCUAUCAUUAAUCAGAAAGCAUGCUCUUGUAUGACAUAAUCUCCUCUUUCACUUCUUUGUCUGUUUCUGGAGAACAAUUGAUGAUACUGGUAACUCUUA